AUGACCAAAUACAGCUUCACUAGCACCGCCAAACGGCCUAUUUCUCCAGCCCCACAACAGCAGUCUCGUCCUUUCGAUCUAGAGCAACAAAUGCGACAAUUCAUGGUCGAAAAACGUUCUGCAGGCCUUCAACACCAGGUCUCUCCUCUCACUCCUACUUAUAACACUCAAAAGCGGCUUCCAAUACCACCAUCAUCUCCACCCACGCGGAAGCUUCUACGUCUAACCUCGAAAUCAAAGAAAUUCAUGUCUCCAAUUAGCAGGGGAACAUCAACAUCAUCACGUACUGGACCAGAAAUCCGCUCAGUACCGCAUCCAGGCCGCAUCAGAAAUCACCACCCGUCCGCGUCCGCGCCAUCAUUGGUCUCACCCGGUGAGAUGAGACGUCUUGUGGACUCCCGGCAAAAGAGACCAUCGAGCUUCAUUGCUCCUGAGACGCCAAAUGACAUAUUCUGGCCAGGUAUCGGGUCACCAGGAAUAUAUCCCUCACGUGCACGGCCUUGGAGAUCACCGGAAAAUAGCCCAUUACUACCACCACCCCGAGGCAGCACUGGUAGGACAAUCCCACCACCAAUUCAUCUAUCUUCUCCUAUCCCGCGAAAAGGAACACCGGUACAGCUUCGCAACAAGACAAGUGAGAUGUUUGACUCUGUGCUCUCAAUGUACCCAAACACCAAGAAGCAGCCCGCAGCCAGGAGCAACCCGGAUAUUGUAACACUCCAAAACUCGAGCGGGAUCGCGCCGCGCCGAAUCACAAUCGACUCGGUUGAGCGGCCACCGCGCACGCCGCCUCCUCCACCGACACCGGCAAAAAGCCGAGCUCAAAGACAGCGUGCGAGACCUACCCAGCGGGUAUCAACACCAACUGCAACACCAGUGGGGUAUAUGGCUGAGUUGGUUGGCAGUGAGGUUGAGGUUGCACCAGUGGAGCUGAUGGGCGAUGUUGAAUUUCCGGCGCCAGUCAUAAUAGCACCGGUUCCACAGAAGCGCAGGAGGGUGAAGGCGAGUGCUGUGAAUAGCAGGGUAAAGCAAAGGCAGCAACAGCCAAAGCCAGGUACACCAGAAGGAAAAGAAAUAUACGCACUUAUGCCGCUUCCUGAGGUCCCUGACUCUCCUCCCCCUACAAAACCGGUCUGCGAGUCUAGCCCAGUCUUGGAUGUUGACUUUGAAUGCUUCAACGACGGCCUUGUGGAGUGGUUCAACAACUUUAACUGGAGCGAAUCAGGAGAUAUUGUCUCGACCAGCACCAGUACCAGCACCAGUCAUUCAAGGCCUGCUUCAGACUCCGUUUUCAACGUAGAGGCUAGAGCAAGCAUUCUAGACCCAGACGGCGCCGUAGUGAACAGCGAGCCAUCCCCACCCCCACCUUCAUCACCCGCAAAACCCAUAACCACCACCAUGCUAUCACCCAAGCUACCCGGUGAGACAGCACUGCUAUCACCCGUCUACCCGGUCUCACCGCGGCUUGCAAGCUACUAUGGCUGCGCACUCAGCGAUGUUGAUGAGCGCUACGAAGAUGAACUCGAUGUCGACGAGAUGUACGAGGAGCAGUUCCUCAACGAGGGCCACCAGGAACAGUACGGGAACGGUGGCCUCGAGUUUGAGAUCGAGAUGAUCCUCAACGGGAGCUAUGGCGGCGGGUCGCCCGACGACUGGCGGGAGGGCAUCUACAGUGCCGAGUCUUCCGAAUCGAGCGUGGAUGUCGAGGAGGUCAUUGCCGACUACUGGACUGAGGAGGAGCGGGAGGGCGAUAUUCUCGUUGGGAUGAUGCAAGGGGAGGAAGGAGAGGAGGGAGAGGAGGGAUUGGAUUGGGCGGCGCUGGAGGGAGCGUGGGCAGAGGAGGAAUUGUUGGAUAGGGGACGCCCGAGGACGAGGUAUCUUGCAGGUAGGAACAGCGCCAUUGAAGGGGAUGUUGUGUUUUGUUUGAAGGGCGUGGAUAGCAUAUAG